GUCACAGAGGGAGGGUGUGCGCGACGCCUCUCUUGGGCUACGUGGACACGAGGCGCUCUUAUCCUGUGGUUGCUAAUCUUUCGUCGGAAUUCUAUCGUAUUUAGAGUUGAUUUCUCCUUCUUUAUCGAGUGUGUGUGUGUGUUAAAAGGUGCUUUUAUACCCGAAACGUGAAUAAGAAUUGUGUACAUUGGAGAAACUUCAUCGUGGGAAAUUUAUCAAAAUAAGUGCAUGGUGGAAGCUAUAAUGACAAUCUAGAUCUCCGAGUGAAAAAAAAAGAAAAAACAACAACCAGCGUAUUAAUCUAGAAAAAAAUAAAGGAAAUCAGAGUUAUAAGACACCCAAGACCCUUGAAAACAGCAAUGCCAUUUAUAUACGAGAGACCCACUUAAAACUCGACACUCCUGGCGGCGAGUCCCGUAGCCUCUCGAGUCCCACCAUGAUUAAAAGGCAGAGCACAAGGGCUUCCUGAGGUUCUCUCCGAAAGGCACUUCAUCUUCACAAAGUCUUCCUGGAAGAUGGCAGUCUCCCACAACCUCCUCCUGCUCUUCCUCCUCCACUCGCUCCUCCUCCUCCUCGUCUUUUGGAGACCUACGGAUGCCAAGGACUCAGUGACUAUGGUCUGGGCUCUGAACGGCGGCCGUGCUGAGCUGCCCUGCGCACCUGACCCCAGGGUAGCCAAGGAUAGCCCCCAGAUAGUCUUAUGGUAUCGGGCUAGUAAUACAACACCGGUCUAUAGCUACGACGCUCGCUCGGGGGAGUUCGAGGACGGGGAGCGAUGGACCGACGGGGAAGCCCUCGGGAAGCGGGCGUAUUUUUCCGUCCUCACCGAGCCGCCCGUGCUGGUGCUGGACCCCGCCCACGCCAGGGACGAGGGCGUCUACAAGUGCAGGGUGGACUACCGGUACUCGUCGUCCACGUACAGGGUUGUCAACCUCACUAUUGUAGGUGAGUCUGGUGGUGUAGGGUGUGUGUUCUGUGCCUUCGAAACUGUAUAUUGUAUUUCUGUGUCUUCUAACCUGUAUCCUAGAUCCUUUGCUUUCUAA